CUUUGACGGUGAAUUUCAUCGUAGUAGUUUACAAUCUUUGCGCAUUAGUGUUGUUAGUGAGUAUUACGCGAGUUGUGUGACAAAGUAAGAGUGAGCAGUGAGUUGUAGCAACUUUGGUUCUCAGUGUUUUUGUUUACUUAAUUUUUGUUUUCCCCGCAUCACCUACGGAGGAGUGUGAUUUCACGUAAUGCCUACAGUGUUUUGGAACAUGCUUUCCUGUGUUUUGGAGGGUUAACAGUUCAUCGUCCUUCGGAUCCACGCCUUUUAAAACAUGGCGGAGGUGUCGCCGCCUCCAUCUUCGGCGCCCACCACAGCCAACAUCGUCAAGGAGGGGUGGCUCUUCAAGAGGGGGGAGCACAUCAAGAACUGGCGGUCGCGCUACUUCGUGCUGCUGGACGACGGCUCGCUGGUGGGCUUCAAGAACAAGCCGGAGCACGCGCUCUCCGACCCGCUCAACAACUUCACCGUCAAGGGCUGCCAGAUCAUGUCGGUGGACCGGCCCAAGCCCUACACCUUCAUCAUCCGCGGCCUCCAGUGGACCACCGUCAUCGAGCGGACCUUCCACGUCGAGUCUGACAAGGAGAGGGAAGAAUGGGUUGCUGCGAUCCGUUACGUAGCGGACCGCCUUGCUGGAUCGGAGGAUGUGGACAUGCCCGCAUCUGACCUGGAUCGGAGUGCGUCCUUCGGUGACAGCUUUGACAAUGGCUCGUCUGCAGCUCUUAAUGAACUCGGUGCCAAGUUUUCUGUACAAGGCACCUCGAAUAGCAAAUCUUCCGGAAAGAAGAAAGUGACACUAGAGAAUUUUGAGUUCCUUAAAGUCCUUGGAAAGGGGACAUUUGGCAAAGUAAUCUUAUGCCGAGAAAAGGCUACUGCACACCUUUAUGCAAUAAAGAUUCUGAAGAAGGAGGUUAUCAUCCAAAAGGAUGAAGUGGCACAUACUCUGACGGAGAACAGAGUACUGCGGACCACAAGCCAUCCGUUUCUCAUUUCGCUGAAGUAUUCAUUUCAGACAGCUGACCGGUUGUGUUUUGUAAUGGAGUAUGUGAAUGGUGGAGAACUCUUCUUCCAUUUAUCGAGAGAGAGAAUAUUUAGUGAAGAACGGACACGCUUCUAUGGGGCAGAGAUCAUCUCGGCACUUGGAUACCUGCAUGAAGAGGGCAUCAUCUACAGGGAUCUUAAGUUGGAGAACCUCUUGCUCGACAAAGAUGGUCAUAUAAAGAUAGCUGACUUUGGUCUGUGCAAAGAAGACAUCACAUAUGGCCGGACCACAAAGACUUUCUGCGGAACACCAGAAUACCUAGCUCCAGAGGUCCUCGAGGACAACGACUACGGGCGUGCUGUUGACUGGUGGGGCAUUGGCGUGGUCAUGUACGAGAUGAUGUGCGGUCGGCUGCCUUUCUACAAUCGUGACCACGAUGUGCUCUUCACCCUGAUUCUGAUGGAGGAUGUACGCUUCCCACGGAGCAUCUCCAAUGAUGCCCGUGACCUCCUAAGUGGGUUGCUCGUUAAGGAUCCCACCAAGCGGCUCGGUGGAGGGCCGGAGGAUGCGAAGGAGAUCAUGGCUCACCCGUUCUUUCGUUCCAUAAACUGGAAUGACCUUGUGCAGAAGAAGAUCAAACCACCUUUCAAGCCACAAGUGACAUCCGAUACAGACACCCGGUAUUUCGAGUCGGAGUUCACUGGUGAGAGUGUGGAGCUGACGCCACCCGAACAUUCGGACAGUGCUCUGAACAGCAUCGCGGAAGAGCUGGAGCAGACGGGGCCGUACUUCUCGCAGUUCAGCUACCAGGACCUGACUGGCAGUAGUAUGCUCAGUUCUACAGCCGGCACUUCGAUUGUCUCCUCCUCCUCGGCGGCGGCCAGCAUGCAGUAGUGUGCUGCGGUCACCGACGUUGCCCUUCCGAGAGGAACUCCACCUUUCUGGGGCUCGAUUUGAAAGGACCCUGUGCCACUGUUCCCAUUUUGAACCGACGCACGCAGUUUCCCGGGGACCGAGAGACAGCUCGGUAUAUUGUGCACGGUAUGGGAGUGACAGAUCAGGAUAGUGUUGGGCUGUAAUGGGAGAUGUGAUGAAGACAGAGCCUCUGAGGUUGUUUCGACACCCGUAGGAUACCGGUGUAGCUGCCCGGAACCGGGCCGUAGGCAGAUUCUAGGAAUCCCUGCUCUGGAGAUUUUUUUUUACUAAAAUUGACAAUAGGGGUAGGAAAAGGAGUCUGCUUGUGCAAUACCUAUGUUGCCCUAUUCUGGAAGCAAAUGGAGCCUGAUCGCUGAUACGGCUGCAAAUAAUUAGACUGUGACCAGUUUGUGGUCUGUCAUUGCAUGAUCGUGUGUGUGUGUGUGUGUGUGUGUGUGUGUGUGUGUGUGUGUGUGUGUGUGUGUGUGUGUGUGUGUGUGUGUGUGUAAGUAAGUAGUAUAUAACAUACAUUAAGAGGGAUUCUGUUGAUUUCAGCUGGUAAGAACAUUUUAUAUUUCAAGCAUGGUCAUUUCAUGCAUAUUGUGCAGACUGUACAUUUCUCUUUCUUUUUUUCUUUUAAAUUAUCACUGUAAAUUUAAUGUCCAUCAAACCAGAAACAAAUUUCUGGCCUCUUUGCAAUGGUGAAAUUUGGUACCUUUGUUAGUACUUCAAUAUUGUUAGUGCAAGGUGAGCAAAGCUCUUUGGGCUUAAUUUUCAUGUUUCUUUCCUUUUUAUUUACAAGUGCAUAUUCACCAGUUUUAUUGCACUGUUAACAAGCAAUACAGGGACAUACUUUGUGGGCAACUGCACUGGGGCUCCCUUUGUAUCUCCUAGUUCUUUCCUUGUGAAAGAACUGAAACCAGUUCGAUAAUUUGUUUAACGGCGUACUGUGGUUUGGAAGAAUGAAGUACUUGGAGACAGUGUAGUUAGCAUUCCAUUUUGUUAGUUUCCAUGAGUAGCUUUAGAUCACACCACAAAAUGAGUCAUUAUGUGAAUACAUGCUGGAGCAUCGUACGUUGACUGCCACGUGUUUUUGCAAAAUGAGCCAUAAACACCUAUUAGAUUUUGGUGUUAGAAUUCAAAGGUAGGUACAAAGGGAUACACCAGUUUGCGUGAGUGUGCCUGUAGGUAAUUAAGUCUAAGCCUUCCUGAUUGGAUAUGAAAUGUCUGUCAGUUUUUUCAUACUGCAAGGGGAUCAUGUUGUUAAAUCCUGUGUUGUACAGUUAAGAAUAAAUUCUGGAUAACAGUAACCAGAAUGUAAGAUUUUACGCACUCAACCAGAGAAGCCGCUACUAUUAGUAGUAACACGGUUAUCUUUGUAUACAAAUGAACUUACAGAUUUAUAAUUAAUUUGUAAAUACAUGGAUUAGAAGUCAUCUUAAGAGUACUAUAGGUGGAUGUGACAACCACUAUUUCAUUGGCACUAUUGUAGUACAUACAAUAGGCAGCCAAUGUGAGUCAACCCAGAAUUAUCUUCUACUAUUGAAUAUUGUACAUUUCUGACAAAAUCCAGUGUGAAGGAAGUGGUUAUAUGCUAUAGAUAUGUUUAAAUACUCUUUGGAUGUGUUGGCAGAGGUCAAACCUUGAAAAUGAUACUUCAUUUGUUGCGAUGGUAGCUCAUUAACACAUCCAGCUCCUCCUUUUAAAGAGCUAUUUGUUAUUGUUGUGCAGAAGUUGAUUAUACCAUUCAGUUCUGGGCCAUUUUGUAAGAAGUAGAUUUAUGUUAUUGAUGUACCAAUUGUGUGCUAAAUGAUCGGGUAGUAGUUCUCUCUGCUGGUGGAAGUAUUAUUGAAACUUAAAUUUUCUUGCCUAUUUAUAGUAUGUACUGUCUUUCAUAAUAUUUAAAGGGUGACAGUAACAUUUAGGCAAAUUUAGAGAGGUGAAAAAUGUGCAAAUUUUGACUGGUAGGAAUAAAGGAUAAUAUUUCCCUGUUUUAAAUGGUGCCAGUGCUGUACCCGAAUCGUAUGGCUAGAAACAUGACAUAGCAAAGAGUGAUUAGUUUUGUCUUAUUAGCACUACAAGUGCAAGCUUUGUAACAGUGCUGAAAAAUUACAAGUGGUGCUCUAUAACUCCCUUCACUGGAUAUGGAAAUCUGAUUUUUUAAACAUGAAAAAAAUAUCAUAGUUCUCAAGCUUCCAGCCACGUCAAGUCGAUGUAUAACCAUUUGCUGUGGCUUGAUGAGACUAUGCAUUUGUACCUUAAUCUGUAGCAUUCAAUAAAUUGUGUGAAGUACGUUAGAAAUUAACAGGUAGCUUUUUCAAAGACUAGUUUCUUGUCGCAUCUUGCCAUCUCUGCUUAAAUAGGCUAUGCAACUUUCUGUUACUAGUUUGAGUGGAAAAAAGGAAUUUCAAUAAAAGGAGAACCUUAACAUUCGAUCAGAGAAACAAUAAUAACAAAAAUAAGCAACAUACUUCUAAUACAAUGAAGCCAGCCCUCUCUGUCUUGAUCAUUUCGUCAUACUUUUUUGUACCCAAAUGGCAAAUGUUGCCUGUAUUUUCUUCUUAUUGUUUCUUUGACUGAAUUUUAAAGUUCUCAUUUUACUGAAAUUUCCUGUUUUCCAUUGACUGUAGGUGUGCAGUGGACUAGUUGUGGUGAGUUGUUAGCAUGAAGCUUAUGUCUCUUUGUUGAUCAUCUUACUUCUUCUUACUUUGCACAAACUUUAUUUUGUGUGUGAGAAAUGUAAGAGCAGAUGGCAAAAUAUUUUUUGCUUCAUUUGGUGUCAUUUUUUGAGGCAUUUGUUAAUUUUUGUUCCCACUGUUUCAUUGUGCAAUGUGUUUACAUCAUAAGCUAGAGUGGGUAGUAAUGUUAAGACAUGAAUUUUGUUAGCUGAGUGCUGAGUUAAGGUUUUGUUGGAAUUCUAAGAGGGACACACUAAAGCUCUAUAAAUGUUAAUCGUUUUUGUAUGUCAAGUGGGGGCUUGAGAGAGCAUCUUGAUACAGAAUGUCAUGAUUAUGGUCAUAUCCAUUAAGUUUCAUAGGUAAUUGGUUGAUGGAGUAAUAAAUGUAAAGACAUUACUCAUGUUUAUCAUCCUCAUUUACGAAACUGGAACAAGCAUUGUAAUUAUUGUGACGACGUGCAGUAUGACUGCUUCAUAUUUCUACACAGUAGGUGAUCUUUGAUGAUACAAUUAAGAAAAAUGAUUUUCUCAACUUGCCUUAGCUGUGUUGUUUCUUCUCAUGCCAAAGGUGGUAGUGUGCACACUGUGAAAGAAUGUAGUUAUGGGAAGCAAUAUAAUGUUAUCAGUAACUAAAAUUCUGUUUUCUUUGAAGACUUGGGAGAUUUUGUGCAUAGGAUAAAAAUUAUAAAGAAUUAAACCCAGUGAAUUAUUAGUAGAACCAGGCAUUUUAUACAGAUUGUACGUUUUUGUUGUUGAAAUGAUAGCCUUGCAGCUGAUGAAACUGACAGCAGUUUAUAUUAGUAAAAAACAUUUCUUGACUAUAAGCAAGAUAAAACCAUAGAAUGGGUUAUCUGUACGCCCCUCUCCCACUGGUAUUGAUCAGUUUUACAACCAGAAACCAUGUAUUUAUUAGAAUACAAAUUCUGCAUUUAAGGAAAGGCAAUAAUGCUUUACUAUUAUUGUUAUCAUUAUUUGUCACAAGUUUUAUUUAUUUAUUCUGUUAUAACAUUUGUUGUGAAAUCUAUUGUUUUCUUUUAGCCUUCAAUAGGAAAAUAAUGAACUGUUUUAUUGCAAGAAAUGAUGAUAGUUUGAAAUGCUGUAAGUUCUGCUUGUAGACUAUUUGGGUGAUUCCUCUUAGUUAUUCUAAAAGAAUGUAUAAAUAAAGUUUUUUUUCUUCCUGA